UAAACAGACUUGUUUUGAUCUGUCAAAAAAAAAAAAAUCAGACGACCGAAGCUAACUUAGCUUAGCCACCGCGCAGAGGUUAGGGUCUCCCUCUUUCGACCACAGCAGCCGGCGUAUAAAACCGGGUUGCUUCUGUACGAACACGAAGAUAUCGUCGCCUGUAACGUCACACAGAUCUGUAACGUGACAUUGACGUUUAACCGCAGCCUCCUUUAGCCCGCUAGCUGCGGGCUAAGAACAAAUAUGUGAGUGCUGCCAUUAUCGGACAGAUAGGAAGCGAUGAAGCCCGAACACCAGAGCCCUGCCAUGGCCGAGGAUGGAGACGUGAGUCCAAUGUGCGGCCCGGCCGGCUCCUCGGGCCGUCCGGGCCGACAGACCUACAGAAGUUCUGCCCACUUUCGGAGCCUGCUGGACGGCCUGCUGUCUCUCAGAGAAGGGGGCAUCCUGUUCGAUGUGGAGCUGCUGGUGGAGGGUCGGCCCAUCCAGGCCCACCGUAUACUGCUGGCAGCCUCUUGUGAUUAUUUUAGGGGGAUGUUUGCUGGAGGCCUUCGGGAGACGCAGCAAAAGGAGAUCCCAAUUCAUGGAGUUUCCUACAUGGCCAUGAAGAAAAUACUCGACUACAUCUACACAGCAGAGAUCGAGUUAGACCUGGAGUGUGUGCAGGAAGUCCUGAUAGCUGCCACGCUAGUACAGCUUGAGAUUGUCAUCAGCUUCUGCUGCGACUUCCUUUUCUCCUGGCUGGACGAGAGCAACGUUUUGGAGGUGCAUCACCUCGCUGACGUCUACGGACUGCAGCAGCUCAACACCAGGAUCCACUCCUACAUCCUCAGGAACAUCGUGACGUUGUCUCGGACCGACGUGUACCGACAGCUCCCCCAGGAUGAAGUGUUCAAAGCGCUGAGCAGCGACGAGCUCCAGGUGAGCAGCGAGAACGAGGUGUACGAGGCGGCUCUUCACUACCACUACAGCCCGGAGCAGGUGGAAACUGACCAGGUGUACUUGCAGGUCAGUCCAAAGGACAAUCUCAAGAUGCUCGAUGCUGUGCGUUUCUGUCUGAUUGAGAAACAAGUGCUGCAGAGGCUGUUUGGCAGGCUGGACCAGUGUCCGCUGAAGGACUCUGUGUCAGCCGCCCUGCGCUACCACGAGCAGGAGAUCUGGCAGCCCGUCCUGCAGAGUCCCCUCACCCAGCCACGCUCCACCUUCCACUGUAUCCUGGGCUUCGGGGGGAUGUUCACCGCCAACUCCCUCUCGGCCAGCGAGCAUUUGUUUCAGGUCUUCCACCCGAGCUGGGGGGAGUGGAGGACUCUGACUGCAGCUCACGCCCCCCGGAUGUCCAACCAGGGCAUCGCCGUGCUCAACAACUUUAUUUAUCUGAUUGGAGGAGACAAGAACACCAGUGGGUUUCGUGCAGAGACCCGCUGCUGGAGAUACGACCCUCGUCACAACAGCUGGUGCGACGUCCAGCCUCUGCAGCAGCAGCACGCCGACCACUGCGUCUGCGUGCUGGACGGCCAUAUUUACGCCAUCGGAGGGCGGGACUACUGCAACGAGCUGGACGUGGUGGAGCGCUACGACCCGCGCACCAACACGUGGGAAUUCGUAUCGCCCCUGAAGAGAGAGGUCUACGCCCACGCCGGAGCAGUGCUGGAUGGGAAAAUGUAUGUCACAUGCGGGCGCAGAGGAAUGGCGUACCUCAAAGAGACCUACUGUUACGACCCCGUGGCCAAUCACUGGACAGCAUGCGCCGAGGGGCCGGUGGAGCGGGCGUGGCACGGCAUGGCAGCCGUCAACGGACGCCUUUAUGUAAUUGGUGGAAGCAACGAUGAGUGUCAAUACCGGCGUGAUGUCCUGAAGGUGGCGUGCUUCGACCCUGGAGCCAACUCUUGGUCUUUAAUGACCCCCCUCCCCGCUGGACACGGAGAACCCGGCGUUGCGGUGCUGGACAGUCGCAUCUACAUCCUGGGAGGGCGCUCUCACGACAAAGGCAACAGGAUGAAAUACGUCCACGUGUACAACACCGACACGGACGAGUGGGAGAACGAUAAGGACUUUAAGGAGCGUGUCUCCGGGCUGGCGGCCUGCGUGGCGCUCAUGCCCCCUGCUGUGAUCUCCCAGGCUAGGACCUGGGAGCAGCGCACCAAGGCUUCCUGGCAGGAUGUGGACAUGGACGACUCGGAGUCGAGUGACGACUGAAGCGCCCUCGCUGAACUGAACGUCUGAGCGCUGGAGGCUCGUGCACUUUCCAUCAAUGCAUGUUGACUCUUAGGUACGUUGGGGAGGAGUUUUGUGGCGGCGGUGGUGGCAGCAUCGUGCCCUCUCUUUGAGUGCCUCUGAACCAAAGUGUCAUUCAGGAACUGCUUACUUUUUAAAUAAUCUCCUUAGACCGCCACACUCCGCCCAUGAACCCCCCCGCCUGCUCAGAUGCUCAUGCUACUGUCUGCCGCCCACCUGUCAUUACUUCCUGUCACUGUACCUGCCUCUGCACUGUUGAUCACAGAGACGUGGAGACUACUGGCUAUGCAAUAAUAUGGAUGAUAAUAUGGGGUUGUAGGUUUGUGUGGGAUCUUCUGAAUGGGGUUAAGAUGUUGGAGAUUUACAGGCAGCAGCAGUUUCCUUUUGUUCAGUCAGUAAGCUAAAUUAAAACUUUUUCUGUUAUUAAUUCACGUCUCAUCUCCACCCUAGCAGCUGCUGAUAUAGCCGGGAAUUAUAAUGGAGUUUGUGUCCGCGUCCGAACUACUGAGUGAUCAUUAAGUUGUUGAACAUUGUGCCUUGUUUUUGGUGAUAUUUGUGGCGUUUUCCUGUUCCGGUGGAGCCUGUGGAUGGAGACGAGCCUUCGGUAAUGUGCCUCUGAUAUCACACUCUGUCUGGGGAGACUCUUAUUGGACUGGUUUGCGUUCGUACAGGAACGACGAGGCACUGGUGCUACAGGUUGUAGACCUCGGGCUCGCAGUACGUUGCCAUGUCCUAAUCUUAUUUCUGUCCUUUCACACUGUGUAAUUUAUUCAAUCUCAAUCCAAAGAGCACAAUGAAGGGUCCUUUCAGAAUCAGCCGGGUUGAGCUGUGCUCCGUGCUCCUGCUUCAGUUCUCUGUUUAAUGUAGGCGUCUAAGAGUCCCUCCACUGUGUGUCCUCUGUCUCUCCGUCAGUGGACUCCUCCAGGAACAACGUCUGGUUCUAAAUGUACUCUUCUUUUUUCAUAUAAUGAGAGUUUAUGUCUUAAGAAAAAAAAUGCACUGUACUAGAACACACUGUUACACAACAUAUGCAAAUUUAGUAUCCUGUUCAUUUUGAAAUCAAAUAAAAAUAGUAAUAUAUUGUG